UCGGUUCUCUCGCAGGUACAGAAGCCGGAAGUGAAGAGGUCAGUGAUUGUGAAGCCUGGUCCGGUCGGUGCUGGGCUCCGGGGCUCGGACGGAAUCAUGCCUCCGGACGGUGCGUUCACUGCCGCGCUGCUGCUGCUGCUCAGCUCGGUGUCAGCUCUGACAGUUCUGCCCCCGAGGAACGUGACGGUGAGCUGCGAGAAUCUGAAAACAUGGGUCAGCUGGGAGUUCGGCGAACAGCAGCCUAGCACCAGCUUCAGAGUGGAAACCGUUAGCUCCGAUGGGCGACAUGUGAAUGUGACCACGGAGCAUCAGUAUGAUCUGACCCGGUUCAUCUGGGAGUCUCAGGCUCACUUCAUGGGUUUCCACUCAGUGAAUGUAACAGCUCUACAGCAGGGGGGGCAGUCCCAGCCGGUCCAGUCCAAAUCCUUCACCUUCAACAAGGACCGGCCGGCUCAUAAAUACUGUGUGUUAGACUUCCCUCCUGUCGACGUGACGGCAGGCAACUCCGGCAUCACCGUCACUUUCCAGAAUCCCUUCCACUUCUACUCAGAACUGAAGAAGGCCGACAAGCUGCAAGUCUUUGCAUUCGACAUCUCCUUCGAUCGGAUGAAGAACGGUUCAAAGAUUCCACAAGUGCAAAAGGAUGAAUACACGUCCUAUUGCAAAUCGACUGAGGUCAUUUGCAGAUACGAACUCUCGCACGGCAAGGAGCAGUGCAUCAAGGUCAAGGGAAGGUUGUAUUCCUCGAACCGGGCCGAAGAAGUGGAGGUCAGAGAGACCGGACGCAUCUGUCCCACAAAACCCAGCAAGGCCCAUGAGAUAACGCUCUCCAUCCUGCUGACCGUCUUUGUCCUCAUAAUCGGUGUGUUAACAAUUAGCAUCUGCAUCGCGAGAGCCUGGACACAGAAGACACAGAAGACACAGAAGACACCGAAAGCUCUGGACUUAGAGCCAUAUGAUGAUGAGCGCAACUUAUUGAACCCGGUCAUCGAAGAAGUGGUCAGCCCUGUAAUGGUCAUGGAACGCAGCAGGAGCUCUUCAGUCAGCUCGGAGGACGGCGGCCUCCAGGACGGCGGCACCUGCUCGGAUUUACGCUACAUGACCGGAUCUCUCUACAUGGUGGGAGGACUGUCAGAGGGAGGAGACCAGGAGGCCAUGGAGAUGAUGUACGAGGAGCCUGCAGACGAGGAGCCUGCAGACGAGGAGGAGCAGAGAGCUGUAGGGAAUUAUGACCGCCAGCACGUGGUGAGGGUGGACUUGGGGGGAGACACAGCGGAGGGUUACAGAGAGAGAUAGAACGAACCGUCAGAGGUUUGGGUCUGAUGACUGUUCUAAUGACUGACCCAGACCAAGAGACGCCGGAGAACAGCUGGAGGUUCCCCCCCCCAAUCACCCUCAAACCUCUUCUGUUUGCUCUGUCACCUCCAGAAAAACGAAACCUUCGUUUUUAACACGUCACGUUUACGAGUGUGGUCGGUUUGUCUUGUGGCUGUUUGCCGAGGUGAGCAACAACCCGGGGGAGAACCGGGACGCCACCGGAUCCUUCACCACAACAUCACAGAGACGAUGAGAACGACGUUUACACCCAAACACGACCACACAGCACUUUGCUCCGACCUCUCAACAUUAGGAAACUCUCUGCUCGGGGGGGGGGGGGGGGGGGGGGAUUUAAACCUUCCAGCUGUUUUGCAUCUGGAUCUCAGCUCCUGUGGGAUUUUUAUGAGACGCAGAUUAUUAAGAACAGAGAAGUUUUUAAAUCAAAGAUCUCAGGAUUUCUUUUUAAACUGUUGUUAUGAAUUCUUUCUUUGUUUUAAGGGACGGUUCAGCAUCAAACCGUGUCCAGCCAACACGUUUAUGAGAACGCUGAAGAAGCAGGUACCUUUUCAUGGCAAGGUGUGGGUCGCCCAGAGCAAACACAGAAUUUAAAACAUGACUGUUCUCAGGAGCCAGAUAAAUAAAACUAGCUGACGCCUUAAAAGACUUUUUAAUGUUGUAGAUUCAACUGUGAACCUCAGAGAAUCCUGGACUCUGAUCUCAGCGGGUUUGUUGGCAUCAUAAAAUCCACAGGGUGACCUGGCUGUGAAGAUAACGUGUGGGAGUGAUUCUCUCUCUGGACUUAAACUAUCAGGGUCUUAAUGUUUUUAAUAUUUGCCUCAACACUUGUUUUUAUGAAGUCGUAAUUGAUCUCGUUAAGUAAUUUUAGAACAAAUGUUAAAUUUGUUUUUUUUUUAAAUUAAACACAGAUUUACAUGAAUAUUUGCUCU